AUGGGCAACGCCUCGUGCGUCGAUCGCCUUGCUGAAUGUCCGGGCUCCCGCCGCGAGACCCCACCCUUCCUGGCUCCGAACAAUGCAGAAGCUGCCUACGUGUUCGACUUUACGCAGAACACCCCGCUGUGGGUAGGCGCCGCACAGCCCCUCCAGCCGAACUUGGGCUACCCGCUGCGUGAGAGCGAAGGGCAGACUUCGAAGUGGGAGCUGCUCCGCGAAGGUGGGCAUGCCCCAAGCCUCAAGAUUUGCUACAGCGGCCGCGUUUACGUUCGCUGUGGUGAUGAUCUCUUCUCAGCAGAGGGCGGGCCGAGUCGCUGCACGGCCUUUCGUUUGUGCACACGCGCCCUGCAGCUGGAGGACACCCUUUGCGGUGUGAACUUCACUCUGGAGCUGCAAAGCUCACCUCCGGGAUUUUUCCUGUGCCCAUGCAUUUCCCUACAGCUGACAAAUGGCGAGGUGGGUCUCGUCGGAGAUCGAUUCGGUCCUGUUCAGCCUCCACAAGACUUCCUCCUGGACUUUUCCAUCUUGGACAUAGGUGGCCAGGAUGUGCAGAUGGACGUCAUCCUCCGCGGGCUCACGGAAAACGUCAUCCCAGGAUCCCAGGUCGCUCUCAACCGGCACGGAGCAUGGACACUCCGCACCCGUUUGCAGGACUACACGACCUUCAACAACUCCCUUCCCUACUGCGCCUUCUUGGGCGCCUCAGAGCUUUGGGCCGAAGGUCCCGGAGGCUCUGAGGGCUCUGGCGCCUUCCUUCAAAACCUCGUUGUCAGCGAGGAGCCUGUGCUCACUGAACACCCGCCUGUCUCCUUCAAGUGGUGGGCGAAGCUGGAAGGGGCAUCGGACUGGGGCCGACUUCUCUUUGAGGGCCUCGAUGCGAGGAGUCUGCUCCAUGAGGCCAGCUUCGGCAGCGAGCCGCUGGUGGCCUCCAAAGCCGCAGACUUCUGGCAUCACAAGGUCUACGACAUGGCGGUCGGGCGUGUGUCCCCCAGGACGGUCCCAGAGAAGCUGGCAGGUGAGUUCUGGCUCUCCAAGCAGGCAAUGAACGUCGAACCGAUGUACUUGCAUUGCCAGGUAGCCCUUGCUCAGGCGUUGGAGAGUUGUAUUAUGCUUCGCUUCAGCUGUGCCCAAGACGUUCUCCAGUCGCUGCAGCUUGGCCGUGCCAGACCGGCCGCACCAAUCCCCAGCAGAGGCGUCGUCUUCGGCAUCGAGCAGGACCCUCGCAACGCAAGGCUGGUGCGGAUGUUCAUUGAGUAUCGCAACGAGAUCGUCGCAGAUAUGGUGCUCUGUGAGGUCUUCGAGGAGAGGGAUGAGGCACGCAGCAUCCGAGUCCACCAGGAGAUUUUCGAUGGACUUGACAUCCUGCUUUUCCGGGUCACCCUCUUCCGUGCCAACGGUGACCACCAGGUGGCCAGCCUGAAGUUGCGUAAUGAGCAGCUCGAGGAGGGCGCUUCUUGUGGUGAAAGUUGCUUUGGAUGUGCAGUUGACCAGCCAGAGAGAGAGACAGAGAGAGAGAGAGAGAGAGAGAGAGAGACAGAACAGAGCGCGCGGGCAAGGGGAGUAAUCCUCUUGCCCAUAGCCCUGCCGAAAGAAAGAGAGAACAGAGAACCAGAAACAGAAAGGUACAUGGACCAUGGACCUCCUGAAGCACAAAGUGGAAUCAGGGGUUCUCUAGAUUUGCUGUUCACGCCGUGCAUCCAUUGUUGA